AUGACAAACCAGACCCCAGAAACGCUUAGCCGGUGGAGUUUGACCGGCAUGCGCCUUCGCCGACACCGCAAAUUGGUCAAACGACACUACCCACUGCCAGUAGGCGCACCACCCCAUUCCAAGGGGGUCAUAGCAGUCAAUGCGCGAGAAGGCCAACGCCAAAUAGUUGUCUAUAAGUACUGUGGAGUAGAAAUCGCCGGUGCGGCUCCAGUCAUCAUCCACCUCAGCGGCAGGGGCUUCUGCGUCAAGUCGCAUGGCAUCGACGAUGACUUCCUUCACUGUGUCGCACGUGAUAAUAGCACCUUCCUAGUCCUCGACGUUGAAUACCGUCUCGCCCCGGAGUACCCGUUUCCUGCGGCGCUCGAGGACGUCGAGGACGUAUUGCAAUUUCUCAAGGGGCAUCCUGACAAGUACGAUCUCACACAUUUGGCUAUCUGUGGGUUCGGUGCUGGGGGAAACCUGGCUUUGGCUAUGGCGAUCAGUUCUCCUCCUGAUACUUUUGAAACUGCGGUUGUGUUUUAUCCAAUCACCGACAUGUGGAUUUCAGAAAAGCUUAAGAUUCAACUCAUGGAUCCGAGGAUAAGGGACAGGAUGAGAAGGGGGACGGGUGGAGUGAUGCCGCUAUGGGUGAUGGACACGACUCUCAAGUGUUAA